AUGUCUGUCAGCAAGGUUAAGGCCGGCCAGCUGUGGCCGAAGAACAAGGAUGAGCUCCUGAAGCAGCUCACUGAGCUCAAGACGGAGCUUGGCCAGCUGCGCAUCCAGAAGAUCACCUCGUCUGGCUCGAAGCUGAACCGCAUCCACGAUGUCCGCAAGUCGAUCGCCCGCGUCCUGACCAUCAUCAACGCCAAGCAGCGGGCUCAGCUGCGUCUCUUCUACAAGAACAAGAAGUACCUGCCGCUGGACCUGAGAGCGAAGCAGACCCGUGCCAUCCGCCGGCGGCUGUCCAAGGAGGACUCCUCGCGCAAGCUAGAGAAGACCAAGAAGCGGUUGUCGCACUUUCCCCAACGCAGCUUUGCUGUCAAGGCAUAA